UAGAACCGCAUCAACGUGGGGGUUGAACAGUACAACCCCUUUCACACGCGCGAAGUACGCGGCCGCGUGAAGUGCGGUUCCACGCGAUCCUCGAGAAUGUUGUCUCUGGAUCGCGAUCGUUCGCCGUGUAUUUCAAUGAUUUCUCAGAAGUGCGAUUUCCGAAGGAGUGUAGUAAACAUGUGAUAACGCAAAUUCGGAACCUACCCGUGAAAAUAAUUAUCUGACAGCGAAGCGAACGGUGGAGAACAUAAUGCUAAAAACGUUGAGGCGAGAGUUAAUUUACUCUCGAGAAUUAUUUGCAAAAGAAGCAAGAAUCAUGAAUUUUUUUUGUUUCAAAUAUGAGUGCGUCACUGCCGAAAAAUUGCUUGAUCUGUGAUUAACGAGUAUUCGUAUAAACAUGAACUCUUCAACGAACUCGUGAUUAUCUGUGUUCUCAUAAUGCCCCUCGUAGGAGCAUGGUUUAAAGCGUGGGUUUACUUGGGGCUCGUUUACGGUUGGGGCGAAGGUGCACGACCACGUUUCGACACAUCCACGGAUAUGGGAUUGGUAUUAGUUCCAGCCGAUGCCGAAGUCGAUUCCGUGAUUUUUCGAUUACGCGCCACCGAUCAGGAUGCGGACUUUCCUCUCAUAUUUGAAAUAACCGCAACAAUUACACCCGUCGUAAGAAUCGACAACCUGCCGUGCACGUUGUACAACAAAGUCUGCCAGGCUAAUGUAAUUUUAACGAAACGCCUUAUGCCGGGACGCCUUCACGAUUUCGCCGUCAGGGUACGGGAUACUAAGGGAGACUCAAAUUCGAUGCAGGCUACCAUAUCCGCAACGAACGCCACGACCUCGCGUGAUAAAAUAUUCCCUCACAUUCCUUCCCUAAUAAUGGUACCUGAGGAUGCUAAACCAGGCAGGGAACUAGAUUACAUUCUUGUACGCGCGAACUCUUGGAGCGGUAAACCAGUUUACAUCGAAUUAUGGCAACCGAAAGAACUGUUCACUAUUCGUCAGCGACAAACGACCAUACAAACGCGCGGAGUAAUUACGUUGAUCGGCGAGCUGGACUUCGAGACCCAAUCGAUGUACACCCUCACCAUUUACGCGACGGAUCCUUACACGGAACCAGGAAAAGAUACCAGGAAUAUCGCAGGACUGAAUAUCAUCGUUGUGGUGCUAGAUGUACAAGACGUGCCGCCAAUUUUCACCCUGGCCCCUCCCUUAACCAGACUUAACAAUUCUGUGCAAAUCGGAGACGUAAUAUUACGGGUUCACGCGGAAGAUGGAGAUAAGGGAGUGCCGCGUGAAAUCACGUACGGUCUAGUAUCCGAAGGGAACCCUUUCAUACCUUUUUUCAACAUUUCAGAAACAACCGGUGAGAUCGUUCUCGCGAAGCCUCUAGACGAACUCACGCAAAUUACUCAUGUUGGCGCACCGGUCGUGCUUACUGUGGUUGCCGAGGAAAUACGAAGAUCUAGGGAUGAGCCACCGGCUCAGGCAACGGUCGUCGACGUCGGUUUCCUUCUUGGAGAACCAGGAAACAGCCCGCCGUAUUUUGAGAAUGAUAAUUACGUUGCGUCGAUACCAGAAAAUUUGGAGCCAGGUUCUGUGAUAAUGUUUCCCGAGCAAUAUUCAACUAGAGUCCGCGACGAGGAUAUCGGUAAAGCUGGUGUUUUUGCAUUGAAGCUACAAAAUAACAACGGUACCUUCGAAAUAAAUCCGACUGUUGCUGAAAGAACGGCGGAUUUUAUUCUCAUGGUACGAGAUAACACACUCAUCGAUUACGAGAUGCACGAAAGUUUAUCUUUCAAGAUCAUUGCUCAAGAAGUUGGGCCGGCGACAAAUUUGUCAGCAUCAGCAACAGUUCUAAUACUUAUACAAGAUGUUAACGAUAAUCCGCCGGUCUUCGAUGAAGAAUCUUACGAAGUUACAUUAUCCGAAAACGUCACCGCUGGAACACGAGUGAUUCAAGUACAUGCAACCGACAAAGACACCGGAAUUUUUGGCAGUAUUCGAUAUACAGGUAUAGAAGGAAUAGGGAGCGACGCUUUCGCGAUAGACGCCGAAACGGGAUUAAUCACGGUCGCAAUGGGAUCGUCUUUGGACCGUGAAAUGGCAGCGCAGCUGCAAUUAACCAUAACUGCGCGCGACGAAAACGGUAAAGGCAACAUGGGCACGGUGCCUUUGAUAGUGAAUUUGCUGGACGUAAAUGACAACGCACCGAUUUUCGAAAAAGAUACCUACGAAUUUGCAUUGAAUUCCGAUUUGACGAAUUUUUCAACACCCGCUAUUAUAAAGGCCACUGAUGCCGACGCCGAACCGCCGAACAAUGAGAUUCGUUACGAACUGAUUCACGGAAAUUAUGAAAAUAAAUUUUAUUUGGAUGAGAUUACCGGAGAACUGAUACUGCGGUCACCCAUUACGAAGUUCAGGCGAAAGAAACAAAGCGUCUACGACAAUUUCUCGAAGAAGUUACACAAAGGAACGCAAAGCCUACAACCGGAACACACAAUACGAGAGACUGUGGGAAGAGCAACAGUAUCGCCGGACAAGGCGAAUUCAACGACAAGCGUUCCGAACGAAAUCGAAUUGAAACGCCAAGUCGGCGAGAUAAAAAGGCAUCGAAGAAAACGAGCGGAACCCGAUAUCUUGUACACUUUAACUGCCAGGGCGUACGAUCUUGGUGUACCUCAUCUCGCGAGCGAGACAGAGAUAUUCGUCGUCAGGAGCACUGCCAUGGAAGCUCGCAUAAUGAUGUUCGUAGUACCAGGAGAACGUCCAAAUUUAACGAAAACAGCGGAGACGUUAGCUACUAUUACUGGUGGACGAAUUACCGUACUGGAUACACGUCCUUACGUGUCAGAUAAUAAAACUGGCGUAGCAAGCAAUACCGUCCCAACAGCAGGAAAAAGAACGAUCGUGAUUGCUCGUGUCGAACAGACUGAAAUUGGCACCCCUUUAGUGGACGUGGAAAAAAUUCGCAACACAUUAGCCGCGAAUGGGGUGGGCAUCAUCGGCGGCGCAGACACUGCCAAUGGGUCUAUGACGUACUUUGAAACUACCACGAAACUUCCAAUCAAUGGAAUAAUUCCCGAUGGGGGAGAUAGCGCGGGGACUUCAGUAAACAAAACGAUCAGCAACGUUCACGAGGAAGUAACUGUGUACAAAGCGGAGAAUAAGCUACUCUUUUGGUUACUGAUUAUUCUGGGCCUGCUAAUGCUGAUAGCUAUCGCAGCUCUCAUCAUUUGCUGUAUCUGCCCCGGCUGUCCAUUUUACAUGGCACCUAGAAAGCGCAGAAUUUACUCGUCGGAAACGCUUAUUGCUCGAUCAAAUGGUCGACCUAAACGGCAUCUUCAUCGGAAACCGGCUGCAAUCGAAACAAUUACAUCGAACGGAAGAAAGCAAGCGUGGAGUGCGGAUCCGACUCGAAGAAACUGGCAAUUUAAUCGCCGAAAUACGAAAAAUGGUGGCCUAGCGUCGCUUCCUGGUGAUGUUGUAUAUAUUUCGGAACGCCCUCCAAUCGAUCAGGCGAAUGUGGAGUCGCUGAGGCUACGUGAUGGACCGGCCUAUGAUUCUUCGAGGAGGAGACUCGAAGAGCAAGAGAGAAUGUAUAUGGAAGAUGUCGAGGAGAGGAAGAUUAGAGAUUAUGAUGGUGAGGAUUCUUUGCAACGACAUGAAAUCGAGCGUGGUUCGGACAUUCAGCGUCAAGCUUACAGACAAAGAUACGUCGAUCCUGAGUUGAACAAUGAGAGAGAAACAGCGAUAAGAGAGCAACAUUUUUAUCGCGAGGGUAAUGCAGAAGUGCUUCAAUUAGUAACUCGCGGACAAGUGGAGGAUAGAGGUCAACAUCGCCAUUAUCCCACUUUUGUAGUGGACGGCAAGGAUGUACUUCUGCAGCGAUUUAUACAAGAUCAGAAAACGCGGAACGAACUGCCGAUGCAGGAAGCCGAGAUGGUACGUACUAUUGACUCUCAUCAACGUUCGAGAAAUUUAUAUCAGCACAAGCAAGAGGUCCUCCUCCUGCCGGAGGAACUGGACGUUAGACGUCGACGCACGAUAGAAUUGGAGUCUGGCGAGCAAAAGAUGGAUGACGAAUACGCGACGCAAAAUAUGGAUAUGGAGCCGCAGAUGCGAGACGUUCGUCGCCAAGAGAUCUCGAUAAAUAUGCCUGGGAUAUCGUCCAAGGACAGACCGUCGAUCGUCAAAGAUCAGAAGCAAUCCACGGCCGUGCAAUCGAUCGCAUUUCACGAUAUGGAACUGGCGAGACAGAACGCUUUAUUGACGAGGCUAUUGUUGGAGAGGGAAUCGAGGCAUACUGGUGGCACAGUUAUGGACGCCGCGAGUUACUUAGAGACUCAAAGUCUUCCCGGGCAGGUUGCAAUUGCGACGCAGACUGACAGAGCCGCUGCGACGCAAACGGAACGACAUGUCCGAAGCAGAAGUGACAACGACGAGUCCGACGAGGACACUCGAAACCGGAAAAGGAUGAAGAAACGCCAUGGCGAGGACGAAUUUAGAACGCGGACUUUAUGGAUGAAAACACCCAUAGAGGAAGAGGAGGGCCCGUGCUUCGACAAACGACUGAGCAUCUUGAGAAAGAAAGUGCAGGAAGUGAAAGAGGGACGAAAGAUAUCUAUAGAACCUGAAGUGUUGCGAGAAAUUUCAGAUUCUCUUGACGAGAAUGGAAGUACUUACCGCGAGAAGGAAAGAAAGUCAACGAAAACUUGUCAACAUAGUAGCCAGUAUACCGAAGAAAGCAGCAUCGGAUACAAAGUACUCGGCGAAGAGAAAAACGGUUCCUCCUCGUCAAUGGAAGUAGGUAAGCAGCAUGAGAAAUUUUCCGAUGAGAAAAGAAUGGAGAGCUUGUCGUCUCCAGAAAUAAGUAUUGAUAACGGAAAAUAUAUUCGCGAAACGACAGAGGAGAAAAGUUCAAGGAAAGAGAGUAAAAUAAAGAAGCAGAAGAAGGUAGAGUCCGUGAUAAAACCUAGCUUUCGAGUUUUGGAGAGAGAGAUCACGAUGCUGACGAAGAAACUGAGUAAACUCACUGAUAAGAAGGGACAUCAGACUACUGAGUCUGAAAGUACCAGUCAAGAAAAAUCGAGAACGUCGAGAGAUUCUAAGAAAGAUUCAGAUCAGAGUACAUCGAAAAAAGUAGAAGACUCAAAGAAGCACAAACGGUUCGAUACUUCUCCAAGUAUAUCAAAAGAGGUAAAGAGAGAAAAAUUUAAGUACCAGCAACCGCAGAUUAUGAGCCCCGGCAGUUCCGAGUACGAGGACGCGUUUGAAAAAUCAGAAAAAUCGAAACUGGCUUCUCGUCAAGAAACCGCGAAGCUUAAACAGACAAGCCAUGCAAAAGUGAAAAAGCAAAAGCAAAUUGAACAUAAAGAGCGCAAAAAGCAAAUUGCAUCGCAGGAUCGAGAAUUCGAGAAGCGUAGAGACGCGGGUAAAGAAAAAGACAGAUCAAAGGCUGAAAAAACUGCCAAAAUAAUGACACAUAGGCAAAAGUUGGCAACGAUUGGUCGUAAAGAGCAUGUUCAUGUCUCGGAAGCACCGAGCACGAGUACAAGUUCCGAUCGUACGAAUGGCAAAAAUGAUUCGUUCUUCAGAGAUUUCGACAAGAAAAGCACGGAGCCUUCGGAGAUCCCGUCGACUCACGCAUGUCAACAAAAAUCGAAACAGAGACUAGAUCACGUGGGCGAGGAAUUCUCUGAUGAUUUUGUGACAGAGUCGCAGAGAACAGACAUCGAUCAACAAAUCACGCUUCAUUCACCGAUGGACGGAAGCGCGGACAAAAAGGACAUUGCAAAAGAGAAAGAAGAUAUCGAAAUAAUACAACAAUUUUCUGACGAUUUUACAAUGGAAUCACAAGUAAAAGAACUGGAACAUCACAUAGAGACUGCUGUUGAAAAAAAGAUUCUUAGUAGACAAGACGCAUAUCAUGAUUUUAAUGAAGAGCAUAUAAGUCCAAAGAAAACUAUUGUAAUUGAAAGUGAACAAGACCUACCUCAUGAUUUUGGCAAAGAACAUGUGACGCUAAAGGAAGCUGCCGAAGAUGUUACAAUUCUUCGAGAUUUGGAAGAUAUGCAAGUCAAAGAAGGGACAAUAUUAGACAUUGCAAGCAGAGAAGAAUCCGAAUCAGUGGAAACUUCUAACGUAGAGUUGGAUGACAAUAGCAAGAAAGCAAUACCUUCGGAUUCUCCUGCCUUAAAAGCAUUAGAAGAACGUGAGACUGAAAAACUGUCAUCUUAUAAUGACAAAAGCGCUAUCGAAAAAAGAAUAGCUUAUAUGUCCGAAAAGCAUAAAGAAGCAGCAGAAGAAUCUUUCUAUGAAACCGAAAAGGAAAUGUUAGAAAAACAAAGGUUAAAAAUUACACCGGAAGAAAAAUUACAUGACCUGCAAAAAUUAAAAGAUGUCGAAAAAAUUGCAAGUGAAGAAGCGAGUACAAUAGAAAAACAUGUAGAAAGUUUGAAAGAAUUAACUGAUACAACGGAGCAUACAGAAGAAGAACACAAGGAAAAUGGAUUAUCUAAUGACAUUAUUUCAUUAGCAUCAGAAAUAGAAAAAGAUUCAGAAGAUAUUAAAGAUAUUUCACAGUCAUUGUAUUCGAGCGAAAAAGAUGAAACAAUAGAAUUAUAUAAAUCUGAAAGCGAUCAGGAGAAAGAAUUAAGUUCUGAAUCAAAGAAACAUAUUAAAGAAGUUCCUUUGAUAAAAGAUGCAAAAGAUGAUAUUGGACAAACGUUAGCACAAGAAUUAAUGCAGAAAAAAAAUGGAGAGGACUCGUCACGUGAAAUUAAAAGUGACACAGAAAAAUUGGAAGACCACGUAACUCAGGAAUUUGAUGCAGAGAAAAUCGAAGAAUCAACAACUGAAGCGUUAGAUGUAAGUCGAUCUGUUGCAGAUGAUACAAACAAUUUAAAUGGCACUCAAAAAGCAUUUGCAAUCGAUGAUGAUACAAUAACGUACAUUGAUGAAACUAGUGACGAAGCGUCAAAAUCAGAUCACGAUUUGACUCAGUCUGAGCUCACCGAACCAGAUGUUAUAAAAAAAAUAGCUGAUGAAGAUAAACCGGAGCAUUUAAGUGACGAUCUCACUGCAAAAACAGAAACUGAAUUCCAUGAAACUAAGGAAGAAUCGCGCAUAUCCCCUAAAAAAAUAUCUGACCUCCAUGAAGAAGAACAGGAGAAAAUUGAUGAAGACAAGCUUCUCACGCCUUUAGUGGACACUAUUUCCAAAGAAGAAGUUAUUAAAGAACAAUUAGUUGAGCAUUCAAAAGAGAAAGAAAAAUCACUCCUCGAAGAAUAUGAAGAAAGAACGGAAGAAAUAUCUGCAUUAGAGGAAAGACCUGAUGAAAAAAUAAAAGAAGUAUUUGAUGAGGAGCCUUCUACCGAUCAGUUAUCAAAAGAUUCGAAUCUACAAAAGCCAGCUAUCAGUGAGCCAGACCAAAAGGACAGUUUCGUGAUAAUUUCUGAGAGCGCAGCAGUCGUAGGACCACAAGACGAAGGAGAGCAACAAGCAGACGUAAGCGUUCCAAUUUUUAGCAGCUUUAUUGAUGAUACACUCGAUGUUUCGGAGGAGAGCGACUCAUCCAGUGAUGUUUCCAGGAAAACAACCCUGACCACCAGACCCUAUGAUACCCCGCGCCAUCGGCAAAAAUGGCAGCAGCAAGAAAGUAUUGAAAUAGCGGGAAUGUCUGUUAUAAGAACUUUCAAAGAUGAAGGAGAUGCGAGGACAGAAGCCGAACUAGAAGAGGAUGUAGAUAGCAACUUAUCGCUCGAUGAAAAGACAGAAGAUUCGAUUACAACCGAAGCGAGUGAAUUACAAGAAGAUAUGGAAAUCACUGCAAUACCUGAAAAGAUUUCUCCUAUGGACGAAAAAGUUUCGUCCAUAUCUGAUUUAAAAGAAGGAAAAGAUGUAACGGACAAAGAUUUCGAAUCAAAAGCCGAAAUCGAAGAACUAGAAACCGAUAUAAAAUCAGAAAUAAAAAAUUUACUAACGACAAUUCAAGAUAUAGUUCCGUUGACUAUAAGUAUUGCAGAACUAAGUGACAAAGAAAGUAUUAAUGAAAUUUCAAUAACAAAAGAAGACGCAGAAUUGAAUAAAAAUGAAAUUGCUACACCUCGUAGAAAGAUCGAUAAAGUUUCCGAAUCUGUGGAGCAAGAUAAAAGUGAAAUUAGAUUGCCUUCAAGUAAAUCUGAACAAGUGAUGAAUAAAGAUAAAACGAGAAGUAAAGACAUUGAAAUAGACAAAACAAGAACUGAAGAUGUUGAGACAGACAAAAUAAAAAGUAAGAAAAGUGAUACACCAUUAACUCCAGAGAAAUAUAUUGCGAGAACUACAUCUUCCGAACGUUUCGUGAAGAAAAAAAGGAAACCUGAGCGAUUGAAGGAGCCAUCACCGGGGGAAAGGAAACGUGUUCUUGAUAAAUCGGAAGAGAAUGCUGCACCGAGUUAUUCUCAACGUCGAUCUCGUAAGUUUACCGUCGGUGACACAGAGAGGCAAUCAAGAAAUGGCGAAUCGCAAAGACGAUCGCCACGAAGAGAAGAAGAGCACCAGCGGAAACAGCUAGUGCCUAAAUCAAAAUUUAAGACAGAAAAAAAAUCUACAGUUCCUUUGAAAACUGGCGAGAUCGAUACAAGCAAAACACAAUCGAAAUACAUGGCUUGGUACAAUAAGAAACGCGAGGAGAUGGAGAAGAAGAGAUUGGAGAAGAAAGCAGAUGACGAGGCGCAACUACCACGCUGGGUAAGUAGGGGCUUGAGACAAACGACAAAACAAAGAGAGAGGCUAGCUGUGGAGCGUAAGACUUUAGAAAUGACGCCGCGUACCAGACGUAAGGUCAAACCCCUGGUGAACGUCGAAUCCGAGCAGCUGAAAGCUAUUGUGCGUCAAGGACGACAAAUGAGGAGAGCCGAAGGAAAUCUCAACCAAGAGCCGUCUAUUCAGAUAUUUGCCAGAACACCGCCGGCUUCUACUGCGGACACGCAGCAUCGUCUGUUGCAACAUUCAGAAUACAAAUACGAGAGAAUACCCCCGCCGUUUUAUCUUCAUCCACCCCCGGCACCGCAUCCGUCACCGCAGUUAUCGCCGGAAAGAUCCCUUGAAAUACAACCGUGUACGUCGCAGUACGAGCAAUCCGAGGAUGACCUGCAGUCGGAGAGUGCAACGCCGUUCCAAAGCGGCGGUCGUUUACGCCAUCAACAGCUUCUCGAGAAAAAAAGCGUCUUCGAUAUCGCGUAUAGCGAAGCUGCGCCUUCCCAGCUUCGAUCUGACAGCGCAACUCCGCCAUCCUAAUAGCAUAGACAUUAGAUAAUCUCUAUAUUAUGUUUCUAUAAAAAAAUAUACAUAUAUAAUACAGUAUUAAACAUACAUGUAAUUGUUUAUAUAUUUUGCAAAAAUUAUGUAAAAUUAUUUCAAUUUAAUUGUGUAAUUAGCCUUACAUAACAUAAAGAAUAACAAUUUUAUACAUACGUAUAUACAAUUAAAAUAGAAAAAAUAAAAUAUCUUGUACAUAUACAAUUUUAUAGCGUUUCUUAUUGAUCAGUAUUAAUUAUUGCAUAGUAUUAAUUCUUUUAACUAUUCUCAUUUCUCUUACUGCCGAUGAAAUAUUGUAGAAAUUUAUAUUUAAGAAAAUAUACUAAAUUGAUCAUGAAAAUUUUAUAUUAAAUUUUAUUAUUCCAACAUAUUAAUGUUUAUAUUAAUACUUGUAAAUAUAUAUACGUAUAAAAAUAUACAUUAUACGUAA